AUGCAUCCAAUGUGCCUUGCAGGGUUUCCAGUUACGUUCAGUUCAGACACCAACGCUGACCUCUGCCCACCAACCAGGAUUGGCCAAGAUGACCUACCAGGGUAUGAUCUGAUUUCACAGUUCCAGCUUGAGAAAGCUGCUUCCACAGGCAUUAUCCAGCGUGUGGUGGGCUCCACAGACUUACAAGUUGCUUACAAAUUAGGCACAAAUGCGGACUUCAGGAUUCCAACCAGGUCUUUGUAUCCUAAUGGAUUACCUGACGAAUAUUCCAUUCUUACGACUUUUCGGAUGGCUGGAAGUACACUGCAGAAAUACUGGAGCAUUUGGCAGGUUUUGGACUCCUCUGGAAAAGAACAAGUUGGGCUGAGCUUUAAUGGACAAGCCAAGUCUGUUGAAUAUUCAUAUAAAGGAGCUGAUGGAAAUCUCCAGACAGCAACAUUUUUGGAUCUGCCAAAUCUGUUUGAUUCCCAGUGGCAUAAGGUUAUGGUUGGCAUCAAUAGGAGUGGGGUCACUCUUUAUGUUGACUGUACUAAGAUACAAACUUUAACCAUAAAGCCAAAAGGAAAGAUGAAUGUUGAUGGCUUCACCAUGCUGGGAAAACUGAAAACUAAUCCUCAGAUUUCAGUUCCGGGAUUGACAGGCCCAGAUGGAUCACCUGGCUCAAUUGGUCUAAAAGGUCAAAAGGGGGAACCUGGGCUGCCUGGAGGUCGUGGGCUUCCUGGAAAAGGAAUUCCUGGACCUCCUGGCCCUCCUGGAACAGCAGGGCUUCCUGGAGAAGUGGGUCGAGUUGGGCCACCUGGUGAUCCUGGAAAAAGAGGCCCUUCCGGAGUACCAGGCCCUCCAGGCCCCAGGGGAACAGUUGGGCUGCGUGAUGGAGAUCCACUGUGUCCCAAUGCUUGUCCACCUGGCCGACCAGGGCAUGCUGGACUAAUGGGCAUGAAGGGUCACAAGGGAGCAAAAGGCGAGUCUGGUGAACCAGGAAAACAAGGCCAUAAGGGAGAAGAAGGUGAACAAGGAGAACCAGGUGACAUCGGAACUCAAGGCCCUUCAGGUCCUCAAGGAACGAGAGGGAUAACUGGCAUAACGGGACCCAAUGGUGAUAAAGGUGCACGUGGUCUUGAUGGAGAUCCUGGUCCUCGAGGUCUUCCUGGGGCACCUGGUGAUCAAGGACCAAGAGGUUUACUGGGAGAGGAAGGUCCCAAAGGGGAGAGAGGCCCUCAAGGUUCUAGAGGAAUUACUGGUCUUCCUGGGCCUAAAGGAGAAACUGGCUUACCUGGAGUUAAUGGCCGUGAAGGGAUCCCUGCCAUGCCAGGAAAAAAGGGUGAACCAGGCAAACCAGGCCCUCCAGGUGAUAUAGGACUUCAUGGAGUGCCAGGUUUACCUGGCUCUCCCGGAGCAAAAGGUGAUCCUGGCUUAAAGGGUAACGCAGGUCCUCCUGGAAAACCUGGCUUGAUGGGAAAUUCGGGUAAACCUGGAGACCAAGGACCGCAGGGAGAACAAGGACCAUUCGGACCCAGAGGCCCACGAGGAAGCAGAGGAGAACUGGGUCCUGCAGGCUCGGCAGGUCCACCAGGUAAAAUGGGUUCCGAGGGUGACAUCGGCCUCCCAGGCGUACCCGGACCUCCAGGACUGCCUGGUGCUCGAGGUGACAGGGGUUCAGUUGGUGAACCAGGGCCUAAAGGAGAACAAGGAGCUGCUGGCGGAGAAGGAGAGCCGGGAGCGAGAGGCGACUUUGGUGACAUGGGAUUGCCAGGCCCUAAAGGAUCUGCUGGGAAUCCCGGUGAACCAGGGUCACGUGGGCCUGAAGGAAGCCGUGGCUUGCCUGGCGUAGAAGGACUGAGGGGGCCACCUGGGCCACGUGGUCUGCAAGGUGAACGAGGAUCUCCUGGUCUGCCUGGCAGCCAGGGCCCAGCUGGCAGAGAGCCAACAGAUGCCCACAUCAAGCAGGUUUGCAUGCGAGUGAUGCAAGAACAUCUGGCUCAGUUGGCUGCUAGUCUGCGGAGGCCGGAAUUUGGUGCUCCAGGCCUCCCUGGCCCGCCUGGCCCACCUGGAAGCCCUGGACCUCCUGGAGAAAAUGGCUUCCUGGGGCAGCUUGGAUCCCGAGGUCUGCCGGGCCUUAAGGGCCCUCCCGGUGAUCUUGGGCUGAAAGGCCCCAAAGGUGAAACAGGUGAAAAGGGAGAGAGAGGACCCCCCGGCCGAGGACCCAAAGGCUUACCAGGACCAAUAGGACUUCCAGGGGAGCCGGGCAAGCCCAGCUAUGGCACCAACGGGAGAGAUGGGAUGCAAGGCCCACCUGGAGCAGGUGGCCUACCUGGUGUCCCAGGCCCCCCUGGUCCUCCGGGCCCUCCUGGCUAUUGUGAGCCAUCAGCCUGCACCGUGCAAGCUGGACUGCGAGCUGCCAAUGUGAAAGGGCCGUGAGAAGUGCAAGCGUUCGUGACGUGAGCGGGUGGAAAAAACGUACUUCUUAUCUGUACAUCUGACAACGGAGCGAAAACAGCAGAGGAAAGCAUACUGUAAAAACACAGAGAAUCCUAUCACAGGCUUGACAGACUUAAAAUGCACUGGUUGUCCCCAUUCUUCAACUUGUACAAGCAGAACAAGGCAACCACACUUCUAAAAAUGGUGCUUACCAAGUGAUACCAGAUGGCCUUUCUUUCUUACCGUGGCAAAAGGCAGCUGUCUGAUUUUUAGAAAGACUUCUUCCCAGCUACUUCUCUUAACCCUUCCCCCCAUUCAGAUGGUGCUGCACUGCGGCGUCAGAGACCAUCAAGUCCUUUGGUUGUAUUGUCCAGUUCAUUUAUAAAAUGUACCCAGGUUUGUCUGUCACUGUGAUUGCAAAAGUAUAGGCCUAGAUGCCACAUAAAAAAACCUGCCUGAUCACCAGCCACAGAUCCCAUAAGCCACACAUAGGGGUUUGAUUUUCUACUCUAAUAGGUCCCGAAUUCUGCUUAAUGUGACACCAGUCACCAGCUCUACCAUGUGUUCAUCUGUCUGAGAAGAAAUUAAGGCCAAAAAGCCACUGGUAGGGGAACAGCUAAGACUAUUAGCUGAAUUUAUUUAUUUUAAAAGAUCUUAACUCAUAUCUCUGGUUGUAUAAAAGGUGAAAUAAAUAUCAUUUUUUAACC